CGUCAAUACUUGCAUUCAGCGCUUGGUAACAACAUGCCACCAAAAGCUACUGGGAAAGCUAUGAAGAAGGCCGGCAAGGCCCAGAAGAACAUCGCCAAGACCGAUAAGAAGAAAAAGAAGAGGAGGAAGGAAUCCUACGCUAUCUACAUCUACAAGGUGUUGAAGCAAGUCCAUCCUGAUACCGGAGUCUCUUCUAAGGCGAUGAGCAUCAUGAAUUCUUUUGUCAACGACAUCUUCGAAAGAAUCGCCGCCGAAGCUUCACGACUCUCUCACUACAACAAGAGGUCGACCAUCACUAGUCGGGAAAUCCAGACCGCUGUCAGGCUUCUCCUUCCUGGUGAAUUGGCCAAGCACGCCGUUUCUGAAGGAACCAAGGCUGUUACCAAGUAUACCAGCUCCAAAUAAACUGCAUUUUUGCAGUUGACUCAUUUCAACGGCCCUUUUCAGGGCCACCUCA